GUUUCAGGUGUGCCAGCCCUGAGGUUCACAGGAUAACAUCAACGCAGCUCACAGACAGAUUUAACACAGGUCUGAAGUGCGCUAAGACGAAGACACCUGGAGUAUUGUUUAACCAUCAGAUGGCUCUUUGUAAUGUAGCAACACUUCAGACUGCUACUCUUGGGUGUAUGUUGGUGUGUGUUCUUUCAUAUCUGUUUAUAAAUGGGAAUGUUGGAGGUCCUGAAGCCAACCCACUUCCCUCACAACAUACAAAGAGGUUGCCACCCCCUCUUCCACCGAGUCAUCUUCCCUCCCCUGGUCCAUGCACCUGUGCCAACGGUUCAAUGCUUCUCAAAAACUUGGUGCCUAAGAAUCAGGCGGUGGAGCUGAUAAAACGCAGAGAGAAGGAGUUCCAACAACACAAAGCCAGGACUGAGUCUGUGUUAUCCACACGGCUGUAUGCUCCGUCUAACUCUCCCCUGCAGUACCCUAUCCAGGGUUUCAAAGUACGACCUAUGACCCCCACCUUCAUCCCAGGUCUAGCACUGCAUGCAGAACAAAGAAAAAAUUACACGGUGUCCUUGAAAGUGUCCACAGGAGUCCUGAGUACAACUAUUCCAGCUGCACGAGCAAAGGUCCAAGGUAAUGGUGAGAGCCGACUGAUGAUGGUGUCCAGCAGCCUGGAGACCCUCAAUGAGCUGCUGGCUAAUGUGUCCUAUACCAGCACUGUUUAUCACAUACACACCGGAGACCUCGCAUCCUUCCAGUUUGAGGACCAUGAAGCUGUGUUUCCCAUUACCAUCAAACAGCCUCAACCUCCAGUCCUGUACGACAUGGGAACAGAUAUCAACUCUCAAGUCACCAUCACCACUAAGACGUUCCUGCGCUACCCACAACUCAAGGUGUUGUUGAAAAGCAUCCGGCAGUUUUACAAAGACAUAGAAGUCAUCAUCGCAGAUGACAGCUUUGUAACAGAGAACAUUACUGGAGAUCACAUCCAACAUUACAUCAUGCCUCCAGGAAAGGGCUGGUUUGCUGGCAGGAAUCUGGCAGUUUCCCAGGUCACCACCAAGUACAUCCUGUGGGUAGACGAUGACUUCCUGUUUACCAAGUGGACCAAAAUCGAAGAGAUGGUGAAGGUGAUGGAGGCGGUCCCAGAACUGGACGUGCUCGGCGGUAAAGUAGGAAAAGACCAGUUUUAUUCCUCUCUCAUCUAUGAGGAAGGAGACGAAAUGGAAGGUGGCUGCAUGUACAGGAAGACCAGAGGGAAGUUCCACUCUCUUCCUGGUUACCCAGAAUGCUCAUUGGUCAGUGGGGUGGUCAACUUCUUCCUGGCUCGUACAGAUGCCGUACAGAGGGUGAGAUUCGACCCUAAGCUCAAGAGGGUAGCACACUCAGAGUUCUUCAUGGAUGGCCUGGGCUCCUUGAUGGUGGCAACAUGUGGCCAUGUGUCCAUUGGACAUCAGAAAAGACGUAAACAGAAGGGCUACAUGAGGUUCAGACAACCUGCAAAGAGUGAUACAAUCUCAAAGCUGCAGCUCCACUUCUUCAAAAACCACCUGAAAUGUAUCCGCUAUGGAUAGAAGACCACUAGAGCAGUGGUUCUCAAACGUUUUGUUUAUGCGGACCACUAUUUAUUAUUAAGGAUUUUCGCGGACCACCUCAUAUGCAAACCGUAGAAAUAAGUACAUAUAUAAAUGUAGUGUUAAAACGCAGAUAUUUGUUAUAGUUAAUCAUAGACAAUCAAAAGUAAAUUGAAGCCUAUCUGAUACUUUUGUCGCACGUGUGACCGGUGUGGGGGAAACUUCUGUGUAGCAAUGCAUUGGGAGUCACCGACUCAGGAAGGAGACACGGUGAGAGUUGGA